AUGCCGAAAGACAGCUCCGGCGCAGGAGUACGAGUGGGUUGGAGCCCAGAGCUUACUCUCAAACUGCUUGAAUUCCUCAAAGGAGAGAAAUACUAUCGGCAAGUCUUCUUCCCUCGCUCUUCAACUCAACCUAAAGAUCGACACUUAGUCAAUCUAUUGAAACAGAGGAUGUCAGAUCAGUAUUACAAGAAAAAGUAUCAGAUUGCAGACAGCUCUACUUCUUUCGAUGAUAUACCUAGUGCAAGUAAACGAGCUAACUUCCGCAGACUGCACCCCUACUACUUCAUCCUUCAAGAGCUCUGCGAAAGGGGCGAAAAGAAGUGUCGUGCUGAAGCUCUCGAACUUCGAGAUAUGCCGAAAGCCUAUCCCGAAACAAGGAAAACACCUAAGCGAUCACAUUCCUUCAUAUCGAAUCCAUUGUCCCUCUCAGCCUCAGACGCCGGAACAGACUCUAUCGAUUCCAUCAUCUCUACCAAAUGCUCCUAUUCUAGCCGUUCUGCACCUAGUCGGCCUAAGAAGAUGAGGCCCUCUGGACCAGAUAGCUCCUCAGCACCAAUGGCAGAAGUGAGACCAUUGAGAAUCGCUGCUCGACCACCACCAUUUGGCCCGUCCCAAAGUUCUCUACACACUCCAACAAUGUCAGGAGACCUUAAAUCACUUCCGGGAGUCGGUGCAUCUCUGUUCAAGAAGGGAAAUCAUGAUUCUUCUGGUUCUGACACGGAUUCCGAUUCCGUUAUAGGUCAAGCGUCAGCAAUGUCUGACAGUUCUUCGAUCGUGUUCCUUCCAGGUCCGCCACCAGGCUCCUUCCUUCCUCGGAAGCUGGAAGAAGAGCACGCACCUGAACGUCCCAUCUCCGCAGUGAGGAAACUCGUCGUGACAAAUAAGGACCCCUUGGUCUCAAUGAACAAUGACAAACCCGAAAGAGGACCAGAUAAAACGCCUUCACGUGAUUACAAAAAGAAGGUUGCAAUGGAGGUUGAAGCCGAAGAGUCAACCUCGGUGCUUGGCACUGAGUAUGAAAAUGUUCAUCUUCUGAACCCAUCAGAGCUGGGCCGACUAUCCAACUUAGUGUUGCGACGACGCUUCAUUCAGUCGAAGCAGGAACUGAACCCUCAUUGGUACGACAGUGGGAUCCUCGACUGGAUGGACAAGUAUGGAAAUCGAGAGAGGUAUGCUCGUCAGCGAGCUACUUUGGAAUUAGGCUUGGAGCUGAUCAGAAGAUGGAGUGAACGAUCGAAUGAGGCUCACGCGACGUUGUCAACCUACAAAUUCCACUUCCCGACGCUCAAUGAGGGGGACAUAUUGGUCAGCGAGAUGUCGGAAUUGAUCGUGAAGCUCGGAGGCAUCGAUACUCUUGGAGAAAGGCUAUACUACUUCGCUCGUAGUUUCAGACAUGACCCGGUUCGCGUAAUAAGUAAAGGAGCAUUGUUUGUAAGCAGCUCAGGCGGUGUGGAAAACGACCAUAGCAUUACAUCCAUGGGUAUUUCAAGCAACUUCACUAUUGGUCACACUGAGACCUGGUACAGGACGCUUACAACCGAUCCAGCCAAAAGGAGAUGGCAGAAGAAGCACUGUAUCUGUGUAGUGUUAGAUGAGCAAAAUCCCCUUUCCGACGCCAGAAGUUCCGACGAAUGGGGUUGUGUGAUGACUCCCAUGGGAUUUGCCAAUUACAUUAGUGAGCUUAGAGAGAAAAAAAAGCUUUCAAAUGCCGGACGAGAAUAG